AUGAGUGCUGCCAAUGGACCCAUCGUAGCAAAAAAGACGCACAAGCACCCUCUCGACCAGCUGAGUGGCGACGAGGUCGAGGUCGCUCGUCAGGCCGUCCUGAAGGUCCGAAAAGCGCAUCUCAUCUUUCGCAACAUCUACACCGUUGAGCCACCCAAGGCCGAGCUGGUUGAGUUCCUCAAAGCCGAGCAUGCUGGCACCGUUUCGGCAGACACGCCGCGCCCUCCACGGCAGGCUCGCGUCCAAUACGACGUCGUCUACGACGACCAAAGCCAUGAGUACUUGGAGUCCAUCGUCGACCUUGCCACGGGCAGCGAGGUCAAUCUGAAACGAGUGGACACAGGCGUCCAGCAGUCCUUGACGCUAGACGAAUUCAAAGAGUUCAACGAGGUCUGUGUAGAAUCAGAGAUGUUCAAACAGGCCAUCAAAGAGCUUGAUCUCGACGAGAAAUUCGACAUUGCCAUCGACCCCUGGCCAUACGGUGGGCCUGAUGUGGGAGAAAUCACUCCGCGAUAUACGCAAGGACUUUGCUUUGCAAAGAGGCGACAUGAGAACCCCGAUACCAAUCAUUACGCCUUCCCUCUCCCCAUCAUACCCGUGAUGGACACGAACAAAAAGGAGAUCAUCCGCAUCGACCGCUUGGCCACUGGGGGCACCGAGGACGGUCUGGAAUAUGGAACCGCGGACAAGAACGUGCUGGAGCACUGUCGCCCCGCCGAAUAUGUUCCAGAGCUGCUAGACAUCCCUCUCCGGAAAGAUCUGAAGCCGCUGAACGUUUUGCAGCCCGACGGCCCUUCCUUCACGAUGAGCGAUGAUUCAUUGAUCGAGUGGCAGAAAUGGAGAUUCCGAGUUGGAUUCACGCCUCGAGAGGGCGCGGUCCUGCACGACGUUCAUUACGACGGACGGAGUGUCCUGUAUCGCCUGAGCUUGUCGGAGAUGACGGUGCCUUACGGCGACCCGCGACCCCCUUUCCAGAGAAAGCAGGCAUUUGAUUUUGGUGAUAGUGGCGCCGGACGAGCGGCUAACAACCUCGCUCUCGGCUGCGACUGUCUCGGUGUCAUCAAGUACUUCGACGGCAUGCUUGUUGACUCGGAGGGCAGACCCUCAGUGUCGAAGAACGUUGUCUGUAUCCAUGAACAGGAUAAUGGUAUUGGAUGGAAGCAUACCGACUUCCGAACCAACCGAGCCGUGGUGACGCGGUCAAGGGAGCUGGUCGUCCAGUUCAUCAUCACUCUAGCAAACUAUGAAUAUAUUUUCGCAUUCAAGUUCGAUCAGGCUGGAGGUAUCACUGUCGAGACACGAGCCACAGGCAUCGUUUCAGUCGUCAACAUCGACCCUGGCAAGGUCAGCCCCUACGGCAACGUCGUGUCACCAGGCGCCCUCGCACAAAAUCACCAACACAUCUUUGCGGUCCGGAUCGAUCCCGCCAUUGACGGCCAUGCGAACACGAUCUUCACGGAAGAGUCGCUGCCAGUCCCGAUGAAUCCCAAGACCAACCCAUUCGGCAAUGGCUACGAGGUCGUGCGCAAACCAGUGACCAAGUCGUCUGCCAUCCACGCGUCUCCUUUCACGAAUCUGACGGUCAAGAUGGCCAACCCCAACAAAAUCAACCCGAUUUCCCAGCGGCCCGUUGCGUACAAAUUCAUUCCUUCGCCAUCGCAACUAAUGCUCGCGGAUCCCGAGUCCAUUGUGGCCAAGCGGGCGGCCUUCGCUCAUCAUCAUGUUUGGGUGACCAAAUACAGGGACGAGGAGCUCUUUGCGGCCGGAGAAUUUACAAACCAGUCCCUGAAGGAGAUUGGCGGGGUUGCGGACGCGGUUGCCCGCAAUGACAAGGUCGACAACGAAGAUGUGGUGGUGUGGAAUGUCUUUGGGCUUACUCACAACCCGCGAGUGGAGGAUUGGCCGGUGAUGCCUGUUGAGAUCCACCAGCUGGAGCUGAAGCCCGCGGACUUUUUCGAGAGGAACCCCGCGUUGGACGUUCCUGGGACUAAGAACCUGAGCAGUGUCGAGAUCGGACGAGAUGAGAAUGGAACAUGCUGCCAUACCGAUGGCACGACGAACGGCACGGCGAACGGGAAUGGCUCAGUACAGGCGGCUCCGACUUCACAUCUGCAAGGGACCGGGAGCAUACGGGUGGCAGAUGUCAAUGGGCAUUGA